AAACUAAAAAUUUAAGAACCAAUCCCUAACACAAAGAUCAACCAAUGCAAUAAAAAUCCAAUUUUAUUAACUCAUAGGAAGAAAAAUGGCUUCUACAUUUCUUCAAGGCCAUACUCAAAAACUCACCCUUCCUUUAUCUCAUUUCACUUCCACACAUAAACCAACUCUUAGAUUCCAAAACAUAUAUAUUGGUUUCCCCUCCAAUGGAGGUCAAAGCCGCCGUUUGAUCAUCAGAUCACCAAUCACGGUCGCCAAAUCAAACAGCAAGAAUGAUUCUCACGAUGAUAAAAAGCAAUUAAGGCCAUUGAAAAUGGCGGCGGGAGCAUCCCUAGCACUAGCUUGCGCCAUAAGUAUCUUUGGCUUUAAGAUAAAUAAUAUGAGCUACACUGCCGCGGCAGCUGCCUAUCCAAGCUCUGCCGACAUGAUCAUAUCCGGGAAGCCGACUUCAGCCGCAUCCGCUACUUCCGGUAUCUAUCCUUUCCCAGCUAAAUUCGCAUUGCGGUCUCUCUUUGAAGUUAGCUCAAUGCUUGCUUCGGCUAAACCCAUUCCUUCUCAAAAACCAUUCAAUCUUCACAAGCUCCCUUCUUUGCCUUCAAAGGACGAUAUUGACUCCAUCAAGAUGGAGGCGGUACGGAAGAUGAAGGAAGGAAAAUGUGAAGAGGCGGUGCAGCUCCUUCGUGACGCAAACAUGCGAUACAGAAACGAGCCUGAGGCCAACUUCAACGUGCAGAUGGCUCUUGUUGAAAUUUUAAUAUUGCUGGAAAGGUAUCAAGAAGCUGCUGAGUAUAGUUGUCUAAAUGACGAGAAUGCCCAAAUUUCUGAUGUUCGGAUCCCUCUUUAUAAGGCAAUUAUAUACACGAUGUUAGACAAAGACACGGAAGCCAAGCAGUGUUGGAAAGAGUUCAGAAAAUCUAUUGGUGAAGGAUUUGACCCUUUCAGCUUCGAAGAUUAAUUAAUACUUUUAGAUCGAUCGAUUACUUAAAAAUUAUCUCGUGCCUAAAAACAUUCUUGCCACCAGCGGCUAGUGGUGAAUAAAUUUUAAAAAAUGUUCGAAUGUUAGAAAACUUCAUUCCUACGGAUAUUCUUCCGAUUGUUGCACUCGGUCACGUUGUAUUUGUUUUUAUGCAAUAUAUAGUGAUUAUAGUAUCUUAAAUACUCUUCUAGUCUUCUUUGUUGUUUUUGUUUUUUUGACAAAACAAAAUUAAGAAAGAAAAAAAGACUAAAGGCAUAUGUAUUUUCGCAUUUCUCAAAUAA